GAGAUCAAGGUUCACGAUAACAGGGAGGGAGCAGGGAAACAUUCACCUCAAAGUGUUCAGACUCCAUUUUAACUGCUCAGAGCAGAAGGAGAGAAACUGAAGGCUGAGUCAGGACUGACUGAAGUCCAGAAGAUGAGUGAUUGUGUGGAGGAAGAGGAGGACAGAGCAGAGUCUCCAGGAUCCAGCUGUCUGUCUAUGACGAGUGACUGGUCCAAAGAUGAACCUAUAGACUUCAGUAAUGAACCUGGACCCUCAGACACAGAAGGUCAGAAACACAGACUGAGAGCAGAGUCUCCAGGAUCCAGCUGUCUGUCUAUGAAGAGUGACUGGUCCAAAGAACUUCCUCUAAAGUUCAGUAAUGAACCUGGACCCUCAGACACAGAACUGACUGAAGUCCAGAAGAUGAGUGAUUGUGUGGAGGAAGAGGAGGACAGAGCAGAGUCUCCAGGAUCCAGCUGUCUGUCUAUGACGAGUGACUGGUCCAAAGAUGAACCUAUAGACUUCAGUAAUGAACCUGGACCCUCAGACACAGAAGGUCAGAAACACAGACUGAGAGCAGAGUCUCCAGGAUCCAGCUGUCUGUCUAUGAAGAGUGACCGGUCCAAAGAUCCUCCUCCAGUCUUCAGUAAUGAACCUGGACCCUCAGACACAGAAGAGAAGAGGAGGAGGAGUGGUGUUUGUGAGGAGCAGCAGCUGUCCUGCUGUUCUUUGUGUCAGGACGUCCUGAAGGAUCCAGUCUCUACCAGCUGUGGACACUGGUUCUGCAGACAGUGCAUCACCUCAUACUGGGACCAGUCUGGUUCAUCAGGAGACUCCUCCUGUCCCCAGUGUGGACAAAGAUCCAGACCAGGACCUGGACUGCAGACAGCCAGUCAGACCAGCACUGUACAAAAUCGUGGUCUGCAGGAGGUUUUAGAUGAAUAUCAGAUCAGUCUGAGGAGGAGAUGUGAACGUGUGACUGAAGGAACUGAUGGAACAGGAAGUAGAACCCUCCUCAACAGGAUCUACACUGAGCUCUACAUCACAGAGGGACAGAGUGAAGAGGUUAAUACCCAACAUGAGGUGAGGCAGCUGGAGACAGCUUCCAAGAAGAAGACCCUCCAUGACGCUCCAAUCAGGUGCCAGGACAUCUUUAAAGCCUUACCUGACCAACAGAGACACAUCAGAGUGGUUCUGACCAACGGCGUCGCUGGUGUUGGAAAAACCUUCUCAGUGCAGAAGUUGACUCUGGACUGGGCAGAGGGCUUGGAAAACCAAGAUGUCAGUCUGCUGGUUCUGCUUUCGUUUAGGGAGCUGAACCUGAUCAGAGAUGAGCAGUACAGUCUUCUCACGCUGCUCCAUGUUUUCCAUCCAACAUUACAGAAGGUCACAGCAGAGAAGCUGGCUGUCUGUAAAGUUCUGUUCAUCUUUGACGGCCUGGAUGAAAGCAGACUUUCACUGGAUUUCAACAACAGGAAGGUUGUGUCUGACGUCACACAGAAGUCAUCAGUCAACCAGCUGCUGACAAACCUCAUCCAGGGGAAUCUGCUUCCCUCGGCUCUGGUCUGGAUAACUUCCAGACCUGCAGCGGCCAAUCAGAUCCCUCCUUCAUGUGUUGACAGGGUGACAGAAGUACGAGGCUUCACUGACCCACAGAAGGAGGAGUACUUCAGGAGGAGAUCCAGUGAUGAAGAGCUGUCCAACAGAACCAUCUCACACAUCAAGACCUCCAGGAGCCUCCACAUCAUGUGUGGAGUCCCAGUCUUCUGCUGGAUCACUGCUACAGUUCUGGAGCACAUGUUGACUACAGAGCAGAGAGGAGAGCUGCCCAAGACCAUGACUGACCUGUUCUCACACUUCCUGCUGGUUCAGACAAAGAGGAAGAAGAACAAGUACCAUGAGGGACAUGAGACGAGUCCACAGGAGCUGACGGAGGCUGACAGGGAAGUUCUUCUGAAGCUGGGGAGGCUGGCGUUUGAACAACUGGAGAAAGGAAACAUCAUGUUCUACCAAGAAGACCUGGAGCAGUGUGGUCUUGAUGUGACAGAGGCCUUGGUGUACUCAGGAGUUUGUACAGAGAUCUUCAAAAGAGAGAGUGUGAUCUUCCAGAAAACAGUCUACUGCUUUGUUCAUCUGAGCGUUCAGGAGUUUCUGGCUGCAGUCUACAUCUUCCACUGUUAUGAGAAGAGGAAAAAACUGACAAAGAUACUGAAGGACUUCCUGGGAGAAGAUCACAGUGAACCAUCCCUGGAUGUCUUCCUGAGGAGAGCCAUGGAGAAAUCCCUUCAAAGUAAAAAUGGCCACCUGGACCUGUUUGUUCGCUUCCUUCAUGGCCUCUCUCUGGAGUCCAACCAGAGACUCUUAGGAGGUCUGCUGGGUCAGACAGAGAACAGUCCAGAAAUCAUCCAGAGAGCCAUCAACAACCUGAAGGAGAUGAACAGAGAUGAAAUCUCUCCUGACAGAAGCAUCAACAUCUUCCACUGUCUGAUGGAGAUGAACGACCACUCAGUUCAUCAGGAGAUCCAAGAGUUCCUGAAGUCAGAGAACAGAUCAAAGAAGAAACUCUCUGAGAUCCAGUGCUCAGCUCUGGCCUACAUGCUGCAGAUGUCAGAGGAGGUUCUGGAUGAGUUGGACCUGAAGAAGUACAACACAUCAAUGGAGGGACGACAGAGACUGAUCCCAGCUGUGAGGAACUGCAGGAAGGCUCGACUCGCUGAUUGUGGACUCUCAGAGACUCACUGUGAAGUCGUGGCCUCAGCUCUGAAGUCCAACCCCUCCCAUCUGACUGAACUGGACCUGAGUGGAAACAAGCUGCAGGAUUCAGGAGUGAAGAUCCUGUCUGAUGGACUAAAGAGUCCAAACUGUAAACUGGAGACUCUGAGGUUGGUUGACUGCAGUUUGUCAGAGAUCAGCUGUUCUUCUCUGGCCUCAGCUCUGAAGUUCAACCCCUCCCAUCUGAGAGAUCUGAUCCUGAGUCGUAACGACCUGAAGGAUUCAGGAGUGAAGGAGCUGUGUGGUUUUCUGCAGAGUCCAGACUGUAGACUGGAGACUCUGAGGUUGAGUCUCUGCAGUUUGUCAGAGAUCAGCUGUUCUUCUCUGGUCUCAGCUCUGAAGUCCAACCCCUCCCAUCUGAGAGAACUGAUCCUGAGUCGUAACGACCUGCAGGAUUCAGGAGUGAAGGAGCUGUGUGGUUUUCUGCAGAGUCCAGACUGUAGACUGGAGACUCUGAGGUUGAUGAACUGCAGGUUGUCAGAGAUCAGCUGUUCUUCUCUGGUCUCAGCUCUAAAGUCCAACCCCUCCCAUCUGAGACAUCUGAACCUGAGUCUCAACAAGCUGCAGGAUCCAGGAGUGAAGGAGCUGUGUGGUUUUCUGCAGAGUCCAGACUGUAGACUGGAGACUCUGAGGCUGAGUCUCUGCAGGUUGUCAGAGAUCAGCUGUUCUUCUCUGGUCUCAGCUCUGAAGUCCAACCCCUCCCAUCUGAGAGAUCUGGACCUGAGUGACAACAACCUGCAGGAUUCAGGAGUGAAGAAGCUGUGUGGUUUUCUGCAGAGUCCAGACUGUAGACUGGAGACUCUCUGGUUGAGUCUCUGCAGUUUGUCAGAGAUCAGCUGUUCUUCUCUGGUCUCAGCUCUGAAGUCCAACCCCUCCCAUCUGAGAGAUCUGGACCUGAGAGGAAACUACCUGUAUGAUUCAGACAUGGAGGAUCUGUUAGAUCUUGUGAAGGACCCAGACUACGGACUGGAGACUCUGAGGUUGCUGGGCUGCAGUUUGUCAGUGAUCAGCUGUUCUUCUCUGGUCUCAGCUCUGAAGUCCAACCCCUCCCAUCUGACAGAACUGGAGCUGAGUAACAACUACCUGAAGGAUUCAGGAGUGAAGAAGCUGUGUGGUUUUCUGCAGAGUCCAGACUGUAGACUGGAGACUCUGAGGUUGAGUCACUGCAGUUUGUCAGAGAUCAGCUGUUCUUCUCUGGUCUCAGCUCUGAAGUCCAACCCCUCCCAUCUGAGAGAUCUGAACCUGAGUCAUAACGACCUGAAUGAUUCAGGAGUGAAGGAGCUGUGUGGUUUUCUGCAGAGUCCAGACUGUAGACUGGAGACUCUGAGGUUGAUGAACUGCAGUUUGUCAGAGAUCAGCUGUUCUUCUCUGGUCUCAGCUCUGAAGUCCAACCCCUCCCAUCUGAGAGAUCUGGACCUGAGUGAAAACGACCUGCAGGAUUCAGAUGUGAAGGAGCUGUUAGAUCUUGUGCAGAGUCCAGACUGUAGACUGGAGACUCUGGGACUGAAGGACGACAGGUUGUCAGCUCUGAAGUCCAACCCCUCCCAGCUGAGAGAACUGGACCUGAGUGACAAGAAGCUGAAGGAUUCAGAUGUGGAGGAUCUGUGUGGUUUUCUGCAGAGUCCAGACUGUAGACUGAAGGAUCUGUGGUUGUGGGGCUGCAGUUUGUCAGAGAUCAGCUGUUCUUCUCUGGCCUCAGCUCUGAAGUCCAACCCCUCCCAUCUGAGAGAUCUGAACCUGAGCUACAACGACCUGAAGGAUUCAGGAGUGAAGGAGCUGUGUGGUUUUCUGCAGAGUCCAGACUGUAGACUGGAGACUCUGAGGUUGAGGUCCUGCAGUUUGUCAGAGAUCAGCUGUUCUUCUCUGGUCUCAGCUCUGAAGUCCAACCCCUCCCAUCUGAGAGAACUGAACCUGAGUCAAAACGACCUGCAGGAUUCAGGAGUAAAGAAGCUGUGUGGUUUUCUGCAGAGUCCAGACUGUAGACUGGAGGCUCUGAGGUUGGUUUACUGCAGUUUGUCAGAGAUCAGCUGUUCUUCUCUGGUCUCAGCUCUGAAGUCCAACCCCUCCCAUCUGACAGAACUGGACCUGAGCUACAAUGACUUGCAGGAUUCAGGAGUGAAGGAGCUGUGUGGUUUUCUACAGAGUCCAGACUGUAGACUGGAGACUCUGAGGUUGAUGAACUGCAGUUUGUCAGAGAUCAGCUGUUCUUCUCUGGCCUCAGCUCUGAAGUCCAACCCCUCCCAUCUGACAGAACUGGACCUGAGUGAAAACAAGCUGAAGGAUUCAGGAGUGAAGGAGCUGUGUGGUUUUCUACAGAGUCCAGACUGUAGACUGGAGGGUCUCUGGUUGAAGAACUGCAGUUUGUCAGAGAUCAGCUGUUCUUCUCUGGUCUCAGCUCUGAAGUCCAACCCCUCCCAUCUGAGAGAACUGAUCCUGAGUCGUAACGACCUGAAGGAUUCAGGAGUGAAGGAGCUGUGUGGUUUUCUGCAGAGUCCAGACUGUAGACUGGAGACUCUGAGGUUGGUUGACUGCAGUUUGUCAGAGAUCAGCUGUUCUUCUCUGGUCUCAGCUCUGAAGUCCAACCCCUCCCAUCUGAGAGAACUGGACCUGAGUCAAAACAACAUGAAGGAUUCAGCAGUGAAGGAUCUGUGUGGUUUUCUGCAGAGUCCAGACUGUAGACUGAAGACUCUGAGACUGAGUGAAUGCAGUUUGUCAGAGAUCAGCUGUUCUUCUCUGGUCUCAGCUCUGAAGUCCAACCCCUCCCAUCUGAGAAAACUGGAGCUGGGCUACACCUACCUGCAGGAUUCAGGAGUGGAGGAGCUGUGUGGUUUUCUGCAGAGUCCAGACUGUAGACUGGAGGCUCUGAGGUUGAAGAACUGCAGGUUGUCAGAGAUCAGCUGUUCUUCUCUGGUCUCAGCUCUGAAGUCCAACCCCUCCCAUCUGAGAGAACUGGACCUGAGUCACAAUGAAGACCUGAAGGAUUCAGGAGUGAAGGAGCUGUGUGGUUUUCUACAGAGUCCAGACUGUAGACUGAAGACUCUGAGGUUGAAGGACUGCUGUUUGUCAGAGAUCAGCUGUUCUUCUCUGGUCUCAGCUCUGAAGUCCAACCCCUCCCAUCUGAGAGACCUGGACCUGAUCUAUAACACCAACCUGAUUGAUUCAGAUGUGAAGCAGCUUUGUGAUCUUGCACAGAGUCCAGACUACAGACUGGAGGCUGUGAGGUGGCAUAAGUGGGAUCCAUAAGUUUGUGUGUGUGUGUGUGUGUGUGUUACUGGGAGGUAGAGUGGAGAGGAGAGCUUCAUCCAGCAGUGACUGACAGAGGAAUCAGAGGAAGUGGAGAUGACUCUCAGUGCUGCAGUCUGAACUGAUCUGAGAACAGCUCCACUGUCAUCAGGUUUCUCUCUGGUAUGAACACACUGAAACAGUUUCUCAGCCUUGUAAGAACCCGACCCACCGACUGCAGUACUGAUUUGACCCAGUGUGACUGGACUGCUCUGUCUCCUGACCUGGUUCAAAGACGUUCCUCUGAUGUACAGGAAUCACUGGUCACACUGGUGUGGUUUCUCUCUGAGAUGGAAACGCCUUUGUUUCCCAGGAUUCAUCUGGAUAAUUCAUCUGGAUAUCUGACUCCUGUGUUUGAAUAAAGACUCACUGAUGUAA